UUCAAAUGGCAACCGUUGGCAUGGAACGUUGGCAGAAUUGCAUUGCUGUGGUGACUGGCGCCAGUUCGGGCAUCGGAGCUGUGCUCAGCAAGCAGCUUGUUGCUGCGGGCGUCAUCGUGGUCUCCUUGGCUCGGCGUCUGGAUCGCCUGGAGCAGCUGCGUCAGCAAUUGCCAGAGGUACAGCGCGCCCAGCUACAUGUAAGGCAAUGCGACGUGACGAGCGUAGAGUCGGUGAACGCCGCCUUUGAUUGGAUCGAAGCAGAGCUGGGUGGUGCCGAUAUUCUGAUAAACAACGCGGGAAAGCUAUCCGGUGGUCAACUGGUUACCAUGCGGUUGGACACAGUGCAAGAAUUGCUGCAAACGAACGUGAUGGGCGUUGUUUACUGUACACAACGCAUUUUUGAAUCAGUACGGCAACGCAAUACACCCGGCCAUGUGGUGCUCAUCAACAGCAUUGUGGGUCACUAUCUGUUCAAUCCGCUGCCCGGCAGCGUCCAGGAGCUGAACAUGUAUCCGGCCACGAAGCAUGCAUUGACCGCCAUGACAGAGCUCUUCCGUCAGGAGUUUCGCGACCUUAAAAGCCACAUAAAGGUCACGAGCAUUAGCCCGGGCCUGGUGGAUACGGAUCUGGUGCCGCAGGCCUACAAGCGACUUCCCAUGCUGCAGCCCGAGGAUGUGGCCAAUGCCAUCAUGUAUGCACUGGCAACGCCACCACAUGUUCAGGUGCACGAGCUAACCAUAAAGCCAAUGGGCGAACCGUUUUAGCAGCGUGACAUCUGGAUAAUACCAGGUUAAUUGUAGCCUUAAAUGAUGGUUUAGUUAUUUUGUAUUACAGAAUUUGUAUGAUGUAAUAUAUAUAAAAUCUUAAAAAUGGGAAACUUUUUAUA